AAAACUCAACAAUUCCACAAAAUGGCUUCACUGAUGUGGGCCUGUGUCUCAUCUUGCCUCUUCAUUCUUGUAGCCAUUGCUAAUGCACAAGCACCUGCAGCCUCACCUUCUGUCUUGCCAACUCCCACGCCAGUUGCAGCCACACAGCCACCCUCAACUCCGGUCAUACCCGCACCUGCAACCACUCCUGUAGCAUCACCCUCUCCUAAAGUUUCGCCAGCUUCGAGCCCCACUGUCCCACCCCCUCAAGUUCCACCACCACCAAAUCCACCAGUCUCAGCUCCAGUGCAACCACCAGUGCUACCAUCGCCACCUGUUGCUUCACCUCCACCUCUGCCACCUUCCAUACCACCACCACAGGUAUCCCCAGCACCAGUCCAAGCACCACCACUGCCAGCACCAGCGCCCCCACCCCCAGUGCCCCCACCCCCCGUGCCAGCACCAGCGACCCCACCACCAGCGCCAGCACCAGCGCCUCCACCACCAGCGCCAGCACCAGUACCUGUACCUCCAACCCCAGCUCCAGCACCAGUACCAGUGCCCCCAGCCCCAGUCCCAGCACCAAUUAGCGAGCCACCGGCACCUGCACCAGCCCCUACCAAGCACAAGCACAGGAGAAGGAGACACAAGCACAAGAAGCAUCAUCAUCAUGCACCAGCACCUGCACCAGUUACCCCAAGCCCCCCCGCACCACCUACAGUCCCUGAGGCUGAGGAAACGGCACCAGCUCCAUCACCAAACUUGAAUGGAGGAAUUGCGCUGUAUCAACAGGGAGGUCUUGCAGCAAUGUGGGCAAGGACCGCAUUAGUUCUUGUUGCUGUGUUUGCUGUUUCGUGCUACAAUUUCUAGUGAUAUUUGUUUUGUGGAGCCAUGAUUCUAUAGCUUUACUUAAAAGGGGUUGGAUUGUUUCAAAUUUAUGUCAUAAGAUCAAUGAAUUAUUGAUAGAUGUAGAGAAGAAUAAAACGAGAGAUUUUGGUGGUUUGGUAUAUUUUUCUUAUUCAAUUGUUGCAUGGUCAAUAUAUAAUAAAAUUGAAUUUGAACUA